AUGUUAACGAAGAAAGAGAAACUUCUCAUCCGUCCGUGGCAAAUGCAACGAUACAUCAACCACCGCAUCAAGGUGGUAACGGCCGUGCCGGCCAUCGAUUUCCAUCCUCCGCCCGAACGGGUGCACAUUACCCAGAAGCUGAAGAAGCAGCAGAAAGAGCUAGAACGACAGGAGAAGAUCGAACAGGAGAACAUCCGGUUGCUGCAGCGACUCGGGGCCAUCAUGAGCAAGAAGCGACUGGACAACAUUUGGACCUACACCCGACCGAAUUUCCUUAGCCGUGAAUACAUCUAUCCGGUGCGCCCAAAGACCACUCCGGAGUCGUCCGGGCGACGAGGUUCCUCGGCGCAACCGACGACGGGUGGUAGCUACUCCGAUACGACCGUGUCACCGUUGUUGGCCAAGAGUACGCGGUCGAUUCGCUGCAGUGCGUGCAACACACCACGCCGAUUGGCCACCCAACUCAAUCGGGUAGCACCGGAAGGCCGCAUACCGUGGGCACCGCAGCGAAAGACCACCAACCGUAAGCUGCUGCAAGAGGCCGAAACGGAGCAGCACGUUUGCUGUCGGUUCUGUUGCUGCUGA